UCAAUACAGAAAAUGUGUUGUUUUCUUUUUGACUUCCUGUGUUCUGUGGGAGUUUUUUAACUUUUUUUUUUUUAAACUGGUGUUCCAUGCAGAGGCUGCAGAGGCAGAAAACUGUUAUAACAGAAGCUUUUGUUGUCUCUUUAGUAACCUCUGGACCCAGUGUGCAGUCUGAAUACUCGAAAUAACUGCCUGCCAUCAAGAAAGAGUCCUUUUGCUUUGCUGAGGUCAGAGGUUGCCUUGUAGGGAGCAGCUGUACUGAGACAUCAAGGGCUGCAAGGCCCUUGCUUAUCACUGCUUCCUGCUGGCCAAAUAUUCCAGUGAGCAGUGGUUUCAUACAUAGGUCCUUAUGGCUUUUUUAAAUGUCUACACUUUGUGGUUAGUGAGACUGUUAAAUGAUGGUUGGAGCUUAGCGUGCAGGUGGUCAUUGCAGUUAUAAUCAAGAUCUAUUGAUACGCGCUGAAAAGGUGUCCUUGGUAAGAUCACUUCUUGAAUUAUCACUCAUUUUGAUAACUUCAUUUGGCAACAAUCUGACUGCACAACACAAAGUCAGUCCCUGUUCUUCAGCUGAACAUGUUUCUGAUCUAAAGGCAAAUAUGGAUUGCAUUUAUCUGAAGAAUCUCCCUCAGCCAGGUACUGUCAACUCUAGACUGUGCCAUUAACCAUUUUCCUGCUUCUGUCUAUUCCUAAAGAUUAGUAUUAGGCUGUUUACAAAUGUACAGAAAAUCAAAGUGGAGGUACUGUUUUUUUCCUUAACGUAGGUUGUUUACCAUGUGAAUGUGACUGAUUACAGAGGAGAAAGUACUCUGAGAAAAUGGUAGAACCAGAAAAAAUAGAGGGCCAGCUUUAUCCUCUGAAAGCUCACAGUCCUAUGUGCUCCUCCAUCACGUGCUCCAAAUUAAGAUUUAUUGAAGAGGGGUAACGUUUGCACCCUGAAAUUAAAAUACUCUUUUCAUUUUUGCAUGUUCUAAAGUAAAACUUUGUUCAAAAUAAGGAAAGGAGGAAUGUCUAUAGAGAGGUUAUCCUGAACCAAAAGCUGGUUUUGAACACGAUAUGUAAAUCACAGUGUGGCUGACAGAUGACCUUAAAUAUAAAAAACUUCUAGUCGGUACUUUCUAUGUAACAAAUGAAAUGAGAAUUUGGUUUUCUAACUUUGAACUUCAUUACAAAGCCUUUACCUCCUUUCUCCCUAUUAGUCAUGAUUUUUUAUUAUCUUAAGUGUUGUCUCUGUAGAAUUUAAAUACAUUUCUAUUGAUUAUAAACCUACAAGAAGGAAGGAAUAUCUAGCCUUUAAAAGGAUGUUUUCAAACCAGUAAAAUUUAAACCAGUAAAUGUCCUGCUUCUGUUACUUUUAGUUUUGAGUUUCUGUUGUAGAGAAUGAUUGGGAAGUUUAUUCCACAUGUGGUAUAUUUCAAAAAAGCUGCAACAAAAUUAUUUUAAUAAGAAAAAUGAAUGCAUGAAUUAUUUAAAAUAGUUGGUGCAACUGUUCCUGUUAACUAAUCUGGGCACUUGGAAGGCAAUUACACUGAGCUUUGACAACAUUGCCAACCCACUGCACAGUGCCUUAUGCCAAAAGCUAUUGUUGUUUUAUUGACCACGUUCACCAUUACAUAUGCAUAUGAAAAAACAGAGGCAUUUUCAUCGGGAUUACCCUAAUAGCAUUAAGAGAUUAUUUUUUAAAUUUCCUUGGAAGGAAAUUCACUUAAAUGAGAUUACUUAUUACUUGACUGGUUUCCUAUCAUGCUGCUAUGUUUAGGUAAGUGGAGUCCAUUAGACUAUAAAGUUUUAAAAACCUGAUUUUAUACAUUAAUGAUUUCAAACAAAAGAGAAGUACUAUAUUUGUGCGCAGCUUCUUUUGAGAAAGUUAAGUCGAUGUUCUGGUUAGGAGAGAUAACACUUUUUGUCCCUCUUGGUGGCCCCCCUAGUGUCACCAUUAGUUGCUAAUUACUUGCAAACAAAUAAACAAUUAACUCCUCGUGCCUCUUGGUGGGAGAGUUUUCAUUGACAUGCUAAAACUUUCUAAUAAAAGAUUUUAAUUAAUGACGUUGCAAAUCCAACCCCCUUGUCAACAUAGCUAUAAGGAGGGCUUGUGGAGGCAUGCAAGUACAGUACACAUGCUAUGCCGGCUGAGGGAGAAAGCAUGGCAAGUACAUCCCUAUGUCCUGCUAAUACAUCAGUGCCUCAGAAUCUACAGAAAGUGUCUGGUUUUGUAGAAAAUAAAACCACACAGUGUUCAUUUUCCAUUGAAAGUAUUUUGGGAUUGGAGCAGAAAAAAGAUGGCAUUCCAGCUGUGAAGCCUCACAGACCAUGGAUAGAUGCAUGCACAAACUUGGUUUUAGGUGAUGACAGUAAUCCUCAUCUGCAAAUCCCUGUUGUUUGCUGUGAAAAUCCAUUAUUUCGUGCUAACACUAAUCCAGUGCAAGAGGAAAAGGUUUUGAAAUGUGAAAAAUAUUUGUCAGUCACGGAAAGGCUAUCUUUCAAACGAGAAUUGAGCUGGUACAGGGGUAGAAGACCAAGAACUGCAUUCACUAGAAACCAGAUUGAAGUCUUGGAAAAUGUUUUUAAAAUGAACUCCUACCCUGGCAUUGAUGUUAGAGAAGAGCUAGCUCACAAAUUAGAUUUAGAUGAAGACAGGAUCCAGAUCUGGUUCCAGAACCGUCGUGCAAAGCUCAAAAGAUCACACAGAGAAUCUCAGUUUCUAAUGGUGAAAAACAAUUUUACCUCCAGCCUCCUAGAGUAGAAAGAAGGAUGGUUUCCUGUUACAGUACUAAAAUAGAACAUGAAGAAUUAUUGGAAUUUUCAUAACUUGUAUGAAGCAAUGAUGAUAUAUUAAUUAUGACUUUAUCCUCAGAUUUCAAAUAUUAUAAUUUUCUUUAAAAUAAACUGUAAAUACUCAAAGUAUUAUUAUAAUCUACUUUUUGUGGAAAAAGUGACCUUUUCCUAUCUAUUUUAGUAAGUAUUUUCAGAAAAGUUUAGAUAUUUUUGCAGUUUAAAAAAGAAUCCACACCCUAGAUUGCACAGGACUUUCAGCUUGUAUGAAUGACUGCAGCUUAACUGCAGACGACUUAAUAAAGCUUCAUGGUUUUAAAAAGUCUGUUUAAAGUCUGAAACACACGAUAUCUGGUAUAGAUUUUGCUACCUGAAACAAAUUGUGCAUUACAUUGGAGUUUAAAUAGCUUAUUUCUAAAUAAAUAGUAUGAGUAAGACACUACAUAAAGAUCGAUAGUUUUUGUAACAUAAUUUUUAGAAAAAGGUAUCUGAAAUGGAAGGGCUAGUAUUCAACUGACUGUUCGGUCUGAACAAUUAUUGGUUAAAAGAAGCUGAAAAUUAUAGUAUUUUUAUGUCAUAUUUUAAUUAAUUUAGGAUAUUUGCCUAUUUAAUACUUCAACUUGGCUAUCUCCUCUCUUGUCAGUAUUAGUGUUCCAGUAAUGGAAAUUAUCCUGUUAUCUUUUAAUGACAGAAUGCGGCAUUUCACAGAAUCAAAUCUGUGAAAAAUCAAAGCUGGGACCAGACCAGAUAUCCAGAUCAUUGCUGUUAAUUUUAGGGUGUUGAAUUCAUUUUUAUGAAACAGUAUGUGAAAGGUAAUUAUCCUCAUAUUUGAUGUUCAGCCUGAAGUUAGUAUGUGUAAAGACACCCUUAUAAAAAUAAACACACAAACCAACAACUCUUCAUGUCAAUGAUCUAGGAAAACAUUGUAAGUAUGGGUUUACACUGUACCUUCUUCAGCAGAUCUUUAAGCACGUGGUUGAAGUGCUGGUGUCCUUCAGUGAGACACGAGCCUGUUUCUUACUAGAAAUACAUUCUAUGUGGGCCCAGCUGUAUAUACAAAAUAAAUGUUUUGUGUUAGGCUGGUGGUUCAGCAGAAGCACUGACUUUAAAUUGUUUGUAUCUCUAAAUCUGAAAGAACCCAUAAAUCCCAAUGAAUUUAAACAGAAAGCUUUGUUAAUUGGGUUUUCCCACUUGGCUGACUUGAAAAGUAACUUUUAUUUUGAACAAAAACUGUAUUUACAGUAGUCAAAAAACUGAACGGAAUAAUUUAAUGUGAUUUUAAAAAAGUAAAACAAAACAUAGGGAAGACCUCAGAAAACCUGGGAGAAGAAAUUUUGCAAAUGCUGAUGACAUUCAAAUUGGUUUUGUCUAAUUCAAAGUAUAGAUCUCAGGCUAACUAUCCUGCAUUGAAGGGUUGUGUAGCCACUGAGCUAUGGUGUUGGUGACCAGAUUUCUUGUGGAAACAGUUUUGCUUUAUACAAACUACUUCAAUAUUCACUGGAGGAAGAAUUUGAGACAGUCUUCAAUCUACAUACCUUAGCCAGCAGGCUUAUUCACAGUCUCACACUCAGAUACCAUGAAGUCAGUUAAGACACGAAGGACAUAGAAUUCAGCGUGUCAUUGCUAGUAUAGGCUAAAUGUAAACAGCAAAAAAAUAGAUUCUUGUAGUAUUUUACUAGUGCAAAUACAGUUAGAUUGUUAUUCACUUGUUCUUUCUUAUCUAAUAAUAAUAAGAAAAUAACAACAGAUUGGAUAUUUUCUGGCAUGUUACUUUCAAGGUAGUAUAGUCUCUACAAGAGGUAGCUGUUAAAAGUUUAAAGACCUAUCUCUACUGCUUCCAGAUGGUUUUUGAUUCCUAUAUCUCUUCUGCUUUUCCUCCAGUUUGUGUUCUUUGUUAGGACAUCUCUAUAUGUUUCAGUUGUUACAAUGGAUUACUUGCUUUGCCGAAUGUUUGCAAGGUGUUGCAAAAUGCAGUCUAGGAUUUACAAGAUAACAGAGUACCUGUUUUUUCAUUGGCAAACCGAGUAUUGAUCUUCCUUUCUUGGUGCUCGUAACCAUGACAACUGUUGUCCUAUAAAAUGAAAGGUAAGUCUGAGAAAAGGGGUGAUAGAACAAACCUGAUUUUAUGUAGUCUCAUUAGGAAGAGCUAAGGGAAGGAUGAUCCAACUUCAGUCCUUAGUUGGUAUUUUAGAUGAUAGGUUGAGAUAUAAGAGUUUAAUUAAAAACCAUUUCUAUGUUUUCUGAAAAAUAUUGCUGAAAAGCUGCAUUGCUUUAGAACCAGACUACAGGUAUUUGCCAUUUUGUGUCUUUAACUUCAUGGGCUCCUUCCCUUUAUUGCCUUCCUAAAAUCUUGAAUGGUUUGACUUUGCCCCUGGAAAUCCUAUUUUAGUGAGAAAAUAACAAAAGCUUAUCUGGUGUUGAAAUGUUAAUUAUUCAUGCUUUGCUGGAUUCAGGAAAUAACAUUACUAACUGAACUUCUGUUGUAUCCUGCAUUCAAAAAUAAGGCAAUUUAAAUGGAGCCAAAUCCAUUAGGAAUGGUUUUUAAAGAAAUUAGAAUUCAGAUACCUAAGACAAUAUUGGGAAUGCAUGAGUUCUGUUUUGUUUUUCUUCUCGCCUCAAAACAUAUUUUGCCCAUAGCUUAACCUUCUUCCAGGUAAUUUGAAACUAUUGUCUACUUUACCGCUGGAAACAAGGUUUCCAGCAGCAACAGAUUAGAGUAAUCUGUACAGAUUGAUGCCUAAGAACCUUACUCUAUUAUCUGGCAAAUACCUAAACAGACCUAAUGUCUCUUAUAAUGGAACUUGUCUCAAGUGACGGAAGUCUGACAAAGCAAUUUAAGAGAAGGAGUAGAAUAGUAGCAGAAUAAUAAUAGCACCAGCCCUGGUAUCCAGCUGUCAAUUAGCAAAUGUUACCAGAAGGAUGAUUGGUGUAAGGUACUAAGUGUCACGCAUAGUGCAAAGUUUAAUAGCGUAAAUGUAUUAUUUGCUUCAUCUUGGUUUAGCUUGUUCUUCCCAAGGUAAAUGCACCAACAAGUUAAAGCAGAACCUCUAACUUUACAUUUAUACCUACUUUAUCAGCAUGAGUUUAAAUUGUGGCCAUCACUUUCUCAAAUUCACUGAGGGUUUUUUCUAUCUUAAGAGAUACUCUCCUGGAUUUCACAGCAUUUUCUAAUCUUGUACUUGCUGAUAAUAUGCAGCUCUCUGGGCUACUUUGGUAAUAAAUGCCACACACUCUGUUAUCUGAAUAGACACAGCCAGUCCAAAUAACAGUAGUGGGUGAGACAAUGUCAGAAGAGGCUACUGUGCAUGCAGAAAGCUGCUCCUGCACUAGUUGUGCGUACUUUGCCUUUCAUUGUUUCUGUUUGUCUAUCUGCCCUUCAGAAUUGUGAUCAGAAAAGCCUCAGUCUUCUUGGUUCCUAUUCUGACUGAUGCUGUGGAGUCACAACCUCCUUUACUUCCAGCUGCAUUGUCUUACUCCAGUGAUCGUUUGACCUUGUGAUAAGCUGAUAAAUUUACUAAGAUGAUGAAAAACUGUUCUAGAAAAAAUCCUGGCUAGUCAUAAGAGUUCUUACUCUUAGUAUUGGCAAGCUGUUAUGUCAAUAUCCAUCAACAGCUACUAUUUAAGCCACAAAAAAGCAUUGAAAUAAUAGAUUUUUUCCAAGUGUGUUUUGACCCAUGUUACAUGUUGUUGGUGUAGAGUCUAAAGCCUUUAGUAAAAAGAAUAUCCGUUGAACCAAACAGUGCAACUUAAUUCUUUUGAUACCAGUUUUCAAGCAUGGUCAUCUGGCUUGGAAUGUUAUUAAGUAUCUGUAUGUGUAAAUAUGAUACCACACUUGAAUUGGGACGGAAAUACAUAGUCCUUCUUUUUGGAUUUACAGUGUUUUGCUUUUCCUAGCUCCUAAACCAGGUUUUCCUCUGCGACUGUGAUGGCUGAAGAACUCAACAAUACAGUCUAUCAGUCUUUUCCUUAAUCUUGUGCAAUUUGGAGGAAAGAAAAGAGAAGUUAGCUGGUGGUAUAAGAUAAUCCCCUUAGUUAACAAUGUCUGCGUUAUGAGUCUUUAUAUUAAUCACUAUAAAAUUCUGGGAAUUUGCCAUUUUAAAAUUGCAUAUGUAAGCAUAUGUUUCCAACCAAUUAUCUCAUUGUGACCUUUUAAAAAAAAGCAUCUGUAACCUUACACCGAGUUAAUUAUUGUACCUUAUUUUUCUGUAAUCCUUUCUUGCUCUUUUAACAGUGAAUUUUUAUUUUAUCAGUCCAUGUCAUUUUACUGCGUCUACGGGGAUAGGUAGCUGUCCACAAUUUCUAGAUUCCACAGCAGACUUUUGCCUAUGUAUAACGAAAUUAUGUUUUAUAUAUUAAAUGAAAAUGAAUAUAUAUCUUUUAUUGAUAGAUUUCACACUUUUAAUAUUUAGAAUUGUAUUGCAUCAGUCAUAGUAAUACUCCAAAAUAUCCUGGGGUUCAGUUUCUAUGAAUCAUGCCAUAUUAAGGAAAUUAAGAAGAUAGCACAUCAAUUAUUCUGCAUUAAAUAUUUUUGGCUCUAUACUAGCUAUGUCUUAAACACUUUGCUUUUUGUAUUAAAUCAAGCUUUAAAUUCAUAAACCUUGAAACGAUGACAGUCUGUAUUUGAAAUGCUUAGGAAAAUGCUGAGCUGCUUUUGCCCUCUUGUGGCUAGAUUUUAUAAUUACAGUCCUACAUGUAAUUUAAUUAGUUUUGAGUAAAAUGUGCAGUCAUGAGUUACGCUGUGGGAAAGCCAGCAGGAGACUGCCUGUUUUAACUGUUGUGCAGAUUUCACGACAAAUUUAUAUUGUACGUGCAUGCAAAUGAUUGAUGUUGGGCCUGAUUUUCAGAAGUUCAGAGGGGUCAAUAGCGAACUGGACCUAGUAAAAACCGGCCAGUGCUUAAUAUUUUUGACAGUAUGAACAUUAAUAAUUAACUAUUAUCUUAAGGAUUCAGUUUUGGACAGCCAACCUUUUAAAAUCUUGCUUCUAAAUUAAUUUAGGCUGCUUUCACAAGUACGUGUUUAUAAGACUGCCCAACAUAGUCAGUCUAGGGUAGCAGAAUCUUGUUACAUUUCAGAAAGCAUUUGACAAAGUGGUCAGUAGUUCAAAAAGGCCACCCCUUUUAGUGCAAAGCUUAGAAUGACUUCUGGUACACUAUCUACUAAUAUAAUUCUUCCGUAAUAAUCGAUACAAUGUUGGCAAUGCAAAGUUUGCCAUGUGGAAAUGCUCAAGACCAUCAGACUUUUAAUUUAUCGUUUUGUAAUGUGAGUAAGAUAAGAAACAACUUUGUUCUGUUUCAAUACUGUGAAUUUCUUAAAAGUUUGUCUUGCAUUUAAGGAUGUUCAGUUAGGGUAAAUAUUAAAAAGUUUGUAGUAUACACUUUACUUUCUUUCUUGAUUCACAUGUUUUUAUGUUGCCGUAUAGAUGUUUGAAUACAAGGCAUACAGUGAAAUGCAGUCAUCUCACUUCAGAGUUGGAACAGCAUCUUAUUCUGUGCUACAGGAAGUGGAUAACUGACAGUAUAACUGCAAAUUACUCUAAUGCGCUUUGACAGAGAAAGGAAGUCAUAGGGAAGCAGUCUAAUGAGGCAUCAGCAUUGCCUUUAGAAUGGAAUUGGCUAUGGCUAGAUAGCUUUGUGACACGUAAGUUAUGUGGAAAACCUCCUUUUCUUACAGACAUUCUUGUUUAAAUGGGAAAACUGAUCUGGUCUUUCCCUUCUUUCUUCUGUAAGCAUAUGGUCCUGGGCAAUAAGUUUUAUCACAAAUGAGUUUACUAGGAGUGUUUUUUCAAUGAUUGUUACUAUCAUCAUCUAAUUAGAAACAACUAAUAAUUAUCUAUUGUAACUUACAGUAUUAAGGUGCAUUAACUUCCUAGGUAAGCACAAACAAAUCUUGUUCAUUGUGUUUAUUCAGUCUAUUAUUAUCUGCAUUUUUAUCUUAUUCUUUCCAAAAAUAAGCAGUAACUCAGUUCUGAUAACCAACUGCUUCAAAUUUUUGUUUUAAAAAAAUGUGCCACAGUGUAAACAAAAAGAACCUUGGGUGUGUUUGUUUGAGAGCGGAGCUGUCAGCAACAAUUGACCUUCCUAACGGGGCCCUUCUUCUUUUCUUUCAGUCCAGCCUUGUAGAAUUGCUGUGGAUUUGUUUGUAAAUCUAUAAAAUGUUACAAAAUUCUUCUCUGAAAUACUCAGAGUACUUGUGUAUCUCUCAUAUAAACAAAGAUUGCAAUUUCCAUAUGCUUCCAGCCUUCCUAUUUUCUGUUGUUUCUCCCUCAGUGGGAGUAGAAUGAGGUGCUAUUGACAGAGUCCCUUCCAAUCUUAUUCCAUAACAGUUACCCAAUAGUAAGAUUUUUUUUUUUUAAUUCUUCCGGCCAUGUUCCUACUUUUCUGCACUGAUAUCCGUUACUGGGGUCUCUAUGCAUUUUAAUUACAAAAAUCUUCAAACCAUUUUCUUUAGUCUUAAUUACCCUUAGCUUUUGGACUCAAAUAACAAAUGAUGUCAUCCUGAAGUGCCUGAGCAAAUAGCUCUCCCUCAGUUAAACAGGGAAAGGUUUAAAGCAAGUUAUGCUCAGUGAGGGGUCCCCUAGUGUGCUAGGAUUAAUUCUGCAGACAUUGCCACAGGAUGCUGUUGAAUUUCAGAAUAAACUGUUAAAUCAGGUUAGGGUUGUCCUCCCACGCUGUAUUUCCCUGCAGAAGGAAAAUGACAAGAUGUCUGGAUGGAAAGUAUCGCACUGCAGUAAGAAAGAGUUGAGAUUAGAAGAAAAACUGAGAAGCUUUUGUGAAAACGUUGCUUUAUUCACGUCUAGCAUUUAUUCAAACUGCACUGUAGUGAUUUUGAUUUGAAUUUUUAAUAAUUGAUUCAGAUGAAAUGCCUAUUUGCUGAAAAAUAUUACUUUAAAUUGGAACAUUAAAAAUUAUUCAAUUAUUGCUAAACAAUAAAG